GAAGGGGACGAAACUAACCUUUACACCUCUCUGAAGCCGUGGAACAGGCUGGAUAUCAAGUGUUUGUGUCUUCUUUACGUUGUAUUGGAAACCCAUAAACAGUGUCAGCCAUGUUGGAGGGAGUAGAUGCCAUCCAUGUGGCGACAGUUCUCGAUGAUUGUGUUGACCAGCUGUGCAUUCUGGGACAUAUCAUGCCGGCCUCCUAUGAUACACGGCCAGAUGCAAAUGAGAUUGUCCGAGAUGAAAUCACAGAGUUGGUUGAAACACAGAGAGAUCUGGAACAGAAAUUCGAAAAUGUUCUGGCGGAGAAAGAAGCAAUUCAGAAAACGACACAGAAGAAAAACCGCUUAGCUGAGGUGGAAAAGACUGUGGGGAGCUUGGGGGGUAACUUACGGAACAGCACACAUGUGUUUGCACGAAGCCUACGCCAGAACCCUCUCACAGUAGAUAACAUCACCAAAAUUCAGACAGACAGAGGAUUCAUAGAGAAGGUGAUGUCAGCGACACUCCAUGAGCUGAUUGAACGCUGCAGUUUCCAGUCCUUAUUAGAGGCAGUGAAGAGAGAGAAAGAGAAGAAAGCCAUGAUCAGACAAACUGUAAAAAAGGAGGAGGAUGGGAGGAAGAGGAUCAAGCUGUUGCAGCGGCAGCUGCUCGACGUGAGGAAGGAGAAGGAGGUAGAGCUGCAGCAGAGGAAUGAGAUGAUAGCUCACCUUAAGGACCAGCUGCAAGAGAUGAAAGCUAAGACUAACAUGGAGGGCAAGUACAUCAAGAAAUGUGCGGAAGUCAAUGUAGCCCAGACGCAGAAACGCUGUACCCUCUCUGAGAAACAGCUCAAGGAUGAGAUAGAUAGACUUGGCCAGCAGGUGGACGAGGAGACGAGGUGUAAUGCAGAGAUAGAAGCUUAUCUACGAACGCAUCAAGCUGAUUUGGAGAAGAAGGUAGAGUUCUGGAUGGAGAAAUACGACAAAGAUGUGGAUGCCAAGCAACAUGAGUUAGAUGUGCUGAAAGCUUCUAAAGCCAAGGACCUGGAAAAAUUACAGGAACUGACAAAAAUGUAUAAGGAGUAUGAACAGGUGGUUGUUGAGGACAGGAUAGAGAAGGAAAAGAACAGAAGGAAACAAGAGCAAGAGGCCAUCGAGCUGCGCGCUGCGACCAAGCUGCAAGCCUGGUGGAGAGGUGUCAUGGUUAGACGAGGACUUGGCCAGUACAGUCGCAAAAAGAAGAGCAAGAAAGGCAAAAAGGGCAAAAAGGGAAAGAAAUAAACUUCAUUUGUGCUGGUUUUAUACACUCUUUGACUGCUGUACCACAUGGGGGAUUGUGUUGCUAAGUCGUUUGAACCACAUGAUCCCUCCAUAUUAUUAUUGUGAUAAUUAAUUUGUAUAAUAACAAGGUUUACCUGUUAUUCAAGCGACUCCAUUUGAACUACAAAGGUGGAAAUAUUGUUUUCAUUUUUAAUUCUCACUGUAUUUAUACUUGUAUGACAUGUCAGGCAUUUUAAAACUGUACCACAUCAAAGAAGAUGGAAAUUCCUAAUUUUGUAGUUUUGGAUUUAUAAGUUUUAUCCUACUGUGAUAUUUAUUAAAUCAUGUUACUAAACUUUAUGUCUGUUAUGGAGAGUUAAUUGUUUGUGUUGUGGUAGUCAUUGUUAGCACUGCU